GUCUACACCUCCAUUAUCGAAGAAGUAUAGUCGGAGGCAUAAAACGAAGAGUGGAAACAGCCUUCAAAUCUCUAUUUGUGUGUUGUAGUCGUCGAUCAGUACGAAAUGGCGAAAUUAUUCAACAUUUUAGCACCACUUGCCGUGGUUUUUAGUGCCGUUUUUGUGCAAUGUGAGUUAACGAUAGAACCCAACUAUGCUACUCUGUAAGUGGUCGCCCCAAAUGGCCUCAACUUAACCUGCACAGGUGAAGAUACUAGAGAAGGUCAAAUCGAUGUAGUAUGGUACAAAGGGACACAGAAAGCUUCAGAUGCAGGCUUUAAGGUUGUCACCAAGAUGAGUUAUGUACCAGGGGACAGGAGCCAUCAGACAGAGUUGGUGUCAAUUCAGAAAACAACAACCACCCCAGAGGAUUCCGAUGAGUACAGGUGUAAACUGACUGGAACCCCCGACAGAACCAUAACAGUAACGGUUCUAAAUGUGACAACAACAAGCAUGGAGUAUGUUAAAGGCAUGGACACUGCCACCUUUACCUGCAACAUGGCCACCAACAUAGCUCCAGAGAAGUACGAUAUGCACUGGCAGAAGGGGGAUGUGGGACUUGAGAAAGAUGAGAAAAUUGACUUUACUGAAGACAGCCUUAUCAUCACUAACCCAAUUCGCCAAGAUUGUGGCGAGUAUUUCUGUGUGUUCAAAUUCAAGAAUGACGAUAAUCAAGUGGCCAAGGUUCCUGUCAAUUUCUAUGCUCCACCCUAUGUACGCAAGUUUGACAAGUCCAAGAACCUGAUCGAGGGAGAUCCCCUAACUCUCCGCUGUGAUGUUGUUGCCUACCCACCAACAUCCAUUACCUGGUUCAAGGAUGAUGUCCGCGUUGAGGAUCACAAGAAGAUCGUAGUGACGGUCGAUGACAAAAACAACAUCGAAGACGGCAUGCUGCAAAUUGCUCAGGUGGACUUUGAUGACAAGGGAAAGUACAUGUGCCUUGCCUACAGCCCUUACUUCAACCAGUCAGCCAAUGGUACCAUUGUUGUCCGAGUGAAGGACAAGUUGGCUGCUCUGUGGCCCUUCCUUGGCAUUGUAGCUGAAGUCAUUGUCCUCUGCAUCAUCAUCUUCAUAUAUGAAAAGAAGCGCGGCAAAUCUGAGGAUGAAGUCAAUGAUGCUGAUGCAGGAAACCAGCCAAUGCUGCUGACCACAAGGGCAAAGAUGAAGUCAGGCAGAGAAAUGUCCGAGCUUAAGUUGCAAGAGAGUUUUCUAUAUCAUACUGUUACAGAAAUUAAUUAUAGAAGAAGUAAAUGUGGAUAUUUUGGAACACAAAAUUCAAGCUUUGUGAGAACGUAUUUAAAAGAUGUGUUUCGUACCAUUACACUAGCUAAAUGGUGUACCGAUUCAAGGAGAACUGUGGUUCACUAUAUUCACCAUCUUAAUAGAAUGGAAAAUGCGAUAUCAGAGAUAGAACAAUCUCUAACAAGUUGCCAUUACCCGAAUUGGCCUAGAUUUACCUCCUUGCAUCUGUCUAGGCAUUCCACGACUUGGGAGGGGGAGUUGGAGAUCUCUUCAGAUUGUGAUCAUUUUAAAAUAUCAGAUUGCUAGAAAACAGAGGGAGAAUUUACAGUUAUGUUGCCAUGGUGAUAUUGUUUACAUAAUUGUUAUAAUUUCUGUCUUAUGAUAGACUGAUAAUAUUGAUAUGAUUUCCUAAAUUCUCUCUCUGUUCAUAUAUCAAAUGUUUUAUCAUGUUUAUUGAACAUAUUGAAAUUGCAAGUAGGUACAUUGUCACAGAUUUUAGUGGAGUUGAUUCUGCUGCUUGUCACUUGUCUAGAAUGUACAGUUUGAACUUAUAGCUGGAUUGUUUUAGUAUUAUUAGGGUCAAAUUCAUAUUUUAACUAGUUUUUUUCCACUAUUUCAAUGGUUUCGAAAUUGAAUUCUGUGUGAAAAUAUGUGACUUGAAUCAUCACAAGUUAGAUACAUAUAUUGCAGGUGUUUAUAUCUGGUCAUCGCCUGUUCCAACAUUGAAGGAUGUGAAAAUGGAGAGUGCAAAUGGAGCAUUCAUUCAACCAGUGACCUCAUUGUUUGGUGUGACUCACUGUAUCCAUGCUACCCUUUGUAUGAGCUAGUGGUGUUGAAUCUACAUACUGCUAUCUGUACAACCUUGCUUUCAAAUUUGGAUUUUUAACAUAUAUUUUCUUCUCAUCACACUUCUUCAUAUAGAUAUCUUGGAGUGAUUAGUAUUUUAUCAUGUCAGGAACAUAAAAAGAAUUUAAUUAUUAUACAUUUGUAAUAUCUUGAUUCUAUUUGUAAAUAUGCAUUGUUUUAAGUUUGUAACUCCACAUAUUAUGCUGAUAGUUUGAAUUUGAGAUCUCCAUGCUUGUGGUCUGUAUCCAAGUUAAAACACAGGCUCCUUAAUAGUUACCUCAUAUUUCUGGAUCAGCUAAUGUCACAAGAGCAGGAGAGUGCAGUUCAGACUUGUAAUCCUUACUGAUCUAGAAAUGUAUAGGCAACCGAACAUGGGCCUGUGAACUGAAGACAUUGUUAGGAUUCCAAUAAGGACAGAAUGCUCCAUCAUGGACCCAGCUCCAUAAGAAUAUCCAAGAAUGUGUCCACUGGAGCCAGUGGUGGUAGCCUAAAGAAAUACCUUGCAACUGCAUUAGCUGCAACUAAUAUUAGCCUUCCAGGUAUGUGCACCUCAUGGGCUUGUAUUAGUUGUUGGCUUGUGAUUGCCAACUUCAGGAGCUGGUGUUGGCAUACAAUACCAACCAACCGUAGGUCUCUGUGAUUCAUCAUAAUGCUGACUGGAUUGCCUGCUCCACUGUGUAUACAGAAUGUCUGAAGGAGUGAAAAAGUGAUAGACUUGAAUGAUACCUUUGUUUACUGGGAGCAGCUUCAAAAUUAUAGACCCGGUUCAUGAGCAGAUCCUGUUUGUUGUCCAACUUGAUGUGCAUACUCCAGCUCUGUCUGAUAACAUUCACAUCUUGAACAGUCAGUCUAAUUAAGUCAAGUGGCCAUAGGUUAUGAUUAGUUUCUUAGUGAGUUGGACAUGGUCCAUCAGUAGGGCGUGCCAGAAUUGUUGUAAUAUUUGAUCAGUUUGACCAAGGUAUCAUUUGAUAUGAUGUGAGAAUGGUUGUUGUUGUUGUUGUUGAUAUUUUUUCACAGUUCUGUAGUGGAGCUUUCUAUACCGCAUUUUUGUUUGAACCUGUAUAUAUUGUACCUUAAUAUCCAGACGUUUUUAGCAUGUAGAACAUUUUACUGUUUGCAAGGAAGUAGAAGGUGAUUGGUUUUCUGAAAAUUUCAUAAGCUGGAAGUGGGCGAUUAUGAAUCAUGUUAAAAUCUGAAACACAAAACAAAUUAAGAAAGUUCCGAAAUAUAUGCAGAGAAAUGAUUCUACAUGAAUGUUGUGCAGGUAGGAAGCAAGUCACAUUGCAUCUUGCUUAUGCGAGGAAAAUAAAAUAGCAUAUGCAAGAUGGUGUAGGAGAAUACUGCCAAACCAGUUUCAGAGAUCCUGCUGUCUGUAACACACACUUGCUGAAGUGUCGGGCAUACAUAUAUGAGAUGAACAGGGUACUAGUUGUAUGCAGAGCUUCUCUUGGGGUGGUGGGGUAGCUUAGUGGUUAAAGCGUGUUAUCACAGUGAAGACGUGAUUCUCCAUAUGGGCAUGAUGUGUGAAGACCAUUGCUGGUGUCCCCCCGCAGUGAUUUUGCUGGAAUAUUGCUAAAGUCGGCAUAAAACUAAACCCACUUUCUCACAGGGAGCUUGUCCUGGGAUAUCUUCAUGUGGUGUUUGUCCGGGGACACAUGCUUUUUGUGUUGUUUCCAUGGCAACACAUGCUUGUGUUGUUGUUUCCAUGGCAACACAUUUUGGAGUUUUUUUCAUGAUGGCAUUUCAAACCAUGUUAAAUGUUGUCAUCAAACGAUUCAUCUCCACGGUGACUUAGUCAUGGUUAUGUUACAACUUAUGACACAUCUCCCAUGUUGCUGGUGAAGCCCAUUUUUUAUGUCCCCCAUUGUGAUAUUGCUGGAAUAUUGCUAAAAGCAGCGUAAAACCCACUGCCAUGUUACUGAGUGAUGGAGGAGUGGUCUACACACUCUAUCAGACAGGUGCAGAAUUGUACUUUGCAGGGAUGUUCUGAAACUGGUUUCCGUCCAGUAUUCACAAGUAUGCUUUUCAUGGUAGUGUAUCAUCAGGCUUGAUUUUGGUUUUUCUUCCAUAGGAGCGUGAAAGUGGGUCAAGUGAUGUAUGUGAAUUUUAACUUAACUAAUUGUGUGUAUUGUAAGUACAACAUGUACUAGAUGACAGAUUCUGGUGUUCAAGCACCUGCAGCGUUUGUCAUAAACUUCCAUUGAAGCAUCACCUUGUUAUAAACAUGUAAUAUGGAUGUGUUUAUGGUUAUAGUCAGUGCACCUAGUCCGCUGAGCUGUACAAACUUGCUGCUACUAGUCUUGCGACAUUCCAGCAAGAAGUAUUUUCAGUUGGGAUUUCACAAAGAGAACUAAAUCUCCAUCACUCGCCCAAUUCUUUAAAAAAAGUGAAAAAUUGUGUCAAUAUCCUUCACUGUUCUCAGUAGCUUCCAGGCACUGAGAGUUUACAUAAGGAGUGUUCCUUCUUCAUUUUGAUUCCCCACAAAGUCAGUUUUGUUAUAUUUUGUUAAUUGUUACUGCCUUCAGGCCGUAAGUAUAAGUUCAUCAUAUGAGCGAAAUAUUCUCAAGCACAACGUUCAACCCAAUUUCACCUCACCCAUAAGUAUAAGUAAUCAAUUUACUUAUUCUAUUAUCCUGAUUAGUGCUUAGAUACGAGUUGUCUGAUGUAUAAACUUUCAGGGGAUCAGUGUUAGAGGUACAAUAAUAAUAAUAGUUUUUUUAUGUUUAUUAAUAUAUCUGGACUUGAAUUAUGUAGCAAUUCAUACAUGUAUGUUAUUUGGAUCCUCCAUUUUUAUUUGUAAAAUUAUGUCAUUUGAUAUUUAGUUCAAUGUUUUAAGGCCUUACUGGGUGAGAUUUUCUCUGUAAUUUGAAAUGGAAAGGUGACUGUACUAUGAAAAUCAGGUGGUUUACAUUUGUGUGUGUGUUCCAUGCAAGUAUUUGUUAGAAACAUAGAUACAAUAGAUAGAUAUCCCAGCCCCAUUCCUCCUUGUAUUACAUGUCCAUUCUCACGUCUGUAUUCACAAGUUGUUUCUACCCAUACAAGGUUAUCUCCCUUUCUUGUCCACCUGCAUUUACAUGUACACACUUGUAUUGUGAAUGCGUGUACAUUUGAUUUAAUAAAUAAUUUCAAUCUA